AUGUUUUCUACUACGACUUGCGCUUUGAAAGUGGACACAAACUCGAAACAAUGGUCUGAGAUUAUAAGCAAAAUACUGGAGAAAAUCAAAGAUCUAAGCUACAACUUCAAUGCAAAGAAAGGGGUGAUAUAUAUUUCUGGCACUAUGGAUUCACCAAAAAUUAUGAAGAUGAUAAACAAGCAUGAAAAUACGGUGAAGCUUUGUUGGAUGGAGUGUGUUAAACCGUAUCCACCUAUGCAUAUGCCUAUGCCUAUGCCUAUGUAUUCUGCAGGUUAUAUACCAUAUCAAACAGGAUUCUACCCUCUUCCUCAUGCUACACCAAUGCCCUAUUAUCAGAAUCAGUAUAAUCAUUGUGAUCCCAUGUAUGGCCAUCAACAACAUGGUUAUCAUCCACAAUUACCUUAUUAUUAUUAG